CAAGGCCAAAUCAUCACAAAACAAACACAAGCACCUGUGCUAAGGCUGCUACUACAUAGAGCACCAAUAAUACACACAGAAGGGAGCAGAAAGCUAAAUUCAAACAAAAUGACCGCCUCCUCUUACUUCCUUGUCGCAGCUUUUCUAGCACUGGUGACCUCUCAGGCCAUUGCUUCUGAUCCUAGCCCGCUCCAGGAUUUCUGUGUUGCUGACAUGCACUCUCCUGUGAAGGUGAAUGGUUUCGUUUGCAAGGAUCCCCUGGCUGUGAGUGCAGAUGACUUCUUCAAGGCAGCCAAUCUUGACAAACCUAGGGAUACCAUGAAGAGCAAGGUGGGGUCCAAUGUUACUUUGAUCAAUGUCAUGCAAAUCGCUGGACUCAACACCCUUGGCAUCUCUCUAGCCCGCAUCGAUUAUGCACCCAUGGGUGAGAACCCACCGCACACCCACCCACGUGCCACUGAGAUCCUCACAGUGCUUGAGGGGACCCUGUACGUCGGUUUUGUCACCUCCAACCCAAACAAAUUGUUCGCGAAGGUGCUCAAUAAGGGUGAUGUGUUUGUAUUCCCCAAAGGGCUCAUCCACUUCCAAUUCAACCCCAUCCACGACAAGCCAGCCGUUGCUAUUGCUGCGCUAAGCAGCCAAAACCCUGGUGUCAUUACCAUUGCUAAUGCGGUCUUUGGAUCAAAGCCUCCAAUCUCAGAUGAUGUUUUGGCCAAGGCAUUCCAGGUGCAGAAGGGGACAAUUGAUUGGCUCCAGGCUCAAUUUUGGGAGAACAACCACUACUAAAAUAUGUUAUAGGCUAUACGAGAAGAUUUAUAUAUCUUGAAUAUUCAAGACGUACACGUGGGUAAUAUCUAUGUAACAAACAAUAAAAUAAAUGUUAUGUGUAGAGUUCUAUACCAGAUAUAUAUGUAACAAACAAUUAAUGUUGUGCGAUGUACUGGUGUGUUUUCCUUUACAUUAAUAAGAUGAUAAGUGCCAUAUAGUUAUUCUAAAA